AGUAGAAGAGUUCAAAAUUCAAAACUUAUCCCUUUCUCUGCCACUUUAGAGAGCAGCCUAUAUAGCUCCCAUUCACUUUCCCAAUUCCCCCCGUUAAUCAAACAGCUCGAACCCUAGAAAACAAAUGAAUAGAAAGCGGAAAGGAAAAGGUAAAAGUAAAAAGGAGAAGGCGUCAAUGGUGAAUAAGCCGCCAUGGCUGGAACUGCCAGAAGGAAUAUGGGCGAAGAUAUUACACAGGCUGGGUGCUGUAGAAAUACUGGAGACAGCACAGAAAGUAUGCACUACUUGGAGGCGAAUAUGUAAGGAUCCUUCUAUGUGGCGAGUCAUUGACAUGUCGAAUGAUUGGGACCCCUCCGACAUGCCUUAUGACUUAGAGGAAAUGUGCCGCCAUGCCGUUGAUCGCAGCCAAGGUCAAUUACUUGAUAUCUAUUUGGAGUACUUCGCCACUGAUCUGUUGAUUAGAUACAUAGCAAAUAGAUCAGGAAAGAAACUGAAAAGAUUUACUAUUGCAUGUUGCUAUGGUAUGGUAUGCGAUGGCUUGGAUAAAGCAAUCAAAAGCUCCCAAUGUUAGAAGAGCUGAGCCUGACACACACUGAUAUCGCCACUGAGGGAAUUGAAGCUCUUGGACGCUGUUGCCCACGGUUGAAGUCGUUUGAAUUGAAUAACUCAUGUUAUAUGGGAUCAGAUAUAAACUUAGUUAAUGAUUCUGAUGAAGAUGAAUCAGAUGAAGGAGAUAUAAGAAAUAAUGACGCUCUGGCUAUUGCUAAGAACCUGCCUACGUUGCAACACCUUCAGCUCAUAGGGAACAGUUUGACAAAUGAAGGCCUUCAAGCUAUUCUUGAUAGUUGUCCUAAUCUUGUAUCACUUGACCUGCGGCGGUGCUUUAAUGUUAGCCUCAAUGAAGUCUUGAGUAGUAGAAUUUCUCAACAGAUAAAAGAUGUGAAGUAUCCACAUGACUCUCUGGCAGGUUUUAAAUUUUCGUUUGAAUCUUGGGGGACUGCAGGUGAUGGAUAUAACAUGUCUUCUGAUGAUAACAUGUAUGAUGAUUAUUGCUAUGGUUUUUGAAAAGAUUUACUAGUGGUCAUGAAUCUAGAAUUAGCCUCAUUUCUGAGAUAAUGAACAGUUAUUCAGGUCUCUCCAAAUUUUAUCAAGUUUCUCAUGAUUGGCUGAUUGGAA